GUCCAGCUGCCUCGACAGAUGCUGGGAUCGCGCUCUCGUGGAGACAGCGCUGCUAGCCUUGCGAGCGUCUCUCCAUACCCCUCAGACCCUUACAACACGCCCGUCACCCGCUCCGUCUUCGGCGACCAGCCUCACCCGGGCGGAAAGCACGUCGCCUUGGACGAGCCCGGUCUGCACCGCGUGGACUCGACCCUCAGCGCCGUCCAGGACCUCCACAACGAGACGGUCGAUGACGAGCUCCACUGCCCCACUGUGCCGGACAACACGCCCUGCCACGGCUCUCCUAGCUCCUUCCGCUACACUAUGCGGAACCUGCCCACCAUCGACGAGAAGCUUGAGAACCUCCCCGCAGCUAUCAACAGCAACGCGAGCGUCACUUCGUGCUCUCCGCCUCCCUCCCUGACGGGUGAGAGAGGACAAGCAACUCCCCGGGCCCUUCUUUCCCCCCUUCCAUACAAUCCCCUCACGCCAGUCGACCCUUUCGUGCCUCACGUGGCGCAGGACAUGCCAGGCGUGAGGGAGAAUACCGAUUGGCACGAGAACAUUGAAGAGGAGCUAGACCGGGAUCUCACCCGCCUCGCCAACCUUGCGAACGAUGACUUCCAGAAAGACCCGUCUGUCACUGCCGCCGAGCACUACCACCGCCGCCUGUUGCGCUUGAUCUCCAACUCCAACCGGCGGUACGUGAUUAGCCAACUCGGCGAGGCUAUCCCUUCCGCUACAAUGGCCGAACGUGGAAACCUCGCUGAUAUCCGACCUGCCAUGGUCACCAACUACGAGUUUCAGGUUCUACGAUCUAAGGUUCACGAUAUCCAGAGCGUCUUCUCUGGCUUGCUCGCACACACGGGAAAGAAGGACACCGAGAUAGACAAGUUGAGCAAGACCUUCGAAGAGCUCAUGAAGCAGUACAUCGGCAAACACGGAGGCUGAGUAGCCGAGAAUUCGGGAUAUGGAACACUAAAAGUUUGUCUUCAUAUCGGCUUGGAUGGAAAUACCAUUAUCCCGGAAGCCAUCUUACCUGCUGAUUACGACUGUGGUACCGGGCACUUAUGCCCAAGGGACGACACUGAAAAGGUAAGCCUAAUUGCCUCCUCCACUGCACUACUGUUUAAUGUUUGAUUUCUUUGCUUCACAUGGGCGGUUUGGUUGGGCGGGUAGCGACACGGCGGUCAUGCAUGGCGUACACGGCGGCGGUUUGCACGGCUUCUGUCUGGAUUGGGGCUGUGUGGCAUGGGCAUGGAAAACGACGAAUUUGCUCCUACAGCGUUCAGCAAUCGGCAUACCUGCGGUUCCACGACUUUGUCCUGGCCGUCGACAUCACGGUUUGGGCUUCUAGGGUUAUAGGCAUAUCAUCCAGAGUGCAUUUCUUGGGAAGGGAACUGAACAGUAAUGCAAGAAGGUU